UUAAAAAUAAUUGAGGGAACAACAACUACACAUACUCAACCUAAGUAAAGAAAGUGUACUAUUAUUAAUAAUUAAUUAGGGCAACAAAAAACGACUUUCGUAGCUAAUUAAACUUGUGCGUAAGAAAGAAAAAAAAAGAAAAAUACUAAAAAUGGAUUAUGAUCCCGUUCCCACUGUUGUGCCCGCAGAACCUUUAGAUGUGGAAGCCGAUACAGCAGCUCUUCGUGCUGCCAUGAAAGGUUUUGGCACCGAUGAGCAAGCCAUCAUCGAUAUUCUGACAGCCCGCUCUAAUUCCCAGCGUCAAUCGAUUAAGGAAAACUUUUUACGCGAAUACGGCCGCGAUUUAAUAGAAGACUUAAAAAGUGAACUGGGUGGCAAAUUUGAAGAUGUCAUUAUUGCACUGAUGCUAACGCCGGUGGAAUAUUUGUGCAAACAGUUGCACAAAGCCAUGGAGGGCUUGGGCACCAAUGAAAGUGCUCUCGUGGAAAUUUUAUGCACCAAGUCAAAUGAAGAAAUGGCUGGGAUAGUCACCUGUUAUGAGAACAUGUACGAUCGUCCCUUGGCCGAACACAUGUGCAGUGAAACUUCGGGUCAUUUUAGACGUCUAUUGACUUUGAUUGUUACCGGUGUGCGGGAUCCAGCUGGUACUGUUGAUGCCGAAAAAGCCAGGGAACAAGCUGAGGCCUUGUAUAAUGCCGGAGAAGCCAAACUGGGCACAGACGAAGAGGUCUUCAAUCGUAUAAUGGCUCAUGGUAGUUUUGCUCAAUUGCGUUUGGUAUUUGAGGAAUAUAAAAAUGUAGCGGGUCAAACCAUUGAACAGGCCAUUAAGCAUGAAAUGAGCGGAGAGUUACAUGAGGCUAUGAUGGCAAUAGUUGAAUGUGUUCAAUCACCGCCUGCCUUCUUCGCUAAUCGUUUAUUCAAAGCCAUGGAUGGCAUGGGUACAGAUGAUACGACUUUAAUACGCAUUAUAGUGUCACGUUCUGAAAUUGAUUUGGGCAACAUUAAAGAGGAGUUCGAACGUAUAUAUAAUCGUACUCUAGUUAGUGCUGUAAAGUCGGAAACUUCUGGUGAUUACAAACGUGCUCUGUGUGCCUUGAUUGGUGGUGCAUAAUUUAAUGCGAUUUUUAAUUCUACGAAUCUCUCUUUGGCAAAAUAAAAAUCUCUAACUUAUUUAUUUUUUAUUUCACAAUUGGUAGUGUGCAGCUUUAAACAAUGAAAUUGCAAAGUAUUAACAAAAUAGUUUCCUUGAUUUUGAUUUGUUUGAUUUUUUUUAAUAAACAAAAGCAAUGUGGUGUCUUGUAAAA